AUGCAGCAUCUUUGGAAGAAAAUAUUUGUUAUCUCCCACAGCACACUUUCAGUCAUUUUAAUCAUGGAAUUAGUAAUUGGAAUAAUAGGAAAUGGGUUCAUGGCCCUGGUCCACUGUAUGGACUGUGUUAAGGGAAAGAAAAUGUCCUUAAUUAAUCAAAUUCUUAUUGCUUUGUCAAUUUCCAGAAUUUUUCAGCUCUGUUUAUUGUUUAUAAGUUUAUUACUCAACUUUUCAUAUCCAGAUUUAACUAUGCGGUCAAGGAUGAUACAAGUCAGUAAUAAUGUUUGGAUUAUAGCCAACCAUUUCAGCAUGUGGCUUGCUACAUGCCUCAGUGUCCUGUAUUUUCUCAAGAUAUCCAAUUUUUCUAUCUCUCUUUUUCUUUAUCUAAAGUGGAGAGUUGGAAAAGUAGUUUCAGCUACACUGCUGGUGUCACUGGUCCUCCUGAUUUUAAAAAUUGUACUAAUAAACAUGGAAAUUAUCUUAUGCAUAAAUGAAUAUCAAAAAAACAUAUCAUGCAGCUUCAAUUUUUACUAUCAUGAAAGUUGUUGGAGGCAAGUGUUAAGUCUUCAUAUUGUUUUCCUCUCUGUCCCCUUUGUUUUGUCCCUGUCAACUUUUCUCCUGCUCAUCUUCUCCCUGUGGACACAUCACAAGAGGAUGCAGCAGCAUGUUCAGGGAGGCAGAGAUGCCAGAACCACGGCCCAUGUCAAAGCCUUGCAAACUGUGAUUGCAUUUCUCCUAUUGUACUCCAUUUUUAUUCUGUCUGUCUUAAUACAACUUUGGAACUAUGAACUUUUGAAGAAAAAUAUUUACAUUGUAUUUUGCCAGGUUAUAUACACAGCUUUUCCUUCAUUCCAUUCAUAUGUCUUGAUUUGGGGAGACAUGAAGCUGAGACAGGCCUGUCUCUCUGUAUUGUGGAGGCUGAAAUGCAAUUAUGCAGAAACAUUAGACCUCUAA